AAGAGACAAGGACCCAUAUAAAAAACAAAACAACAAACAGAAGAAAAAGCAAAAGGUUAAAAUUUCAAAAGCAAUAUACCAAAAUCCCAAUGGGAAUCUUUCUUCCUCUUCAACCGUGCAAGCUGAUCCCACCUUGCUUCUCUCUCCUUCUUUUUAUGCUCUCUCUUUCUCUUUUCAUAUCUUCUCCUCUUUCUCUCUCUCUCUCUCUCUCUCUCACAUUAUCAUAGAGAGACAUAAAUCUUACAUAGACAGACAAACCAACAUUUUCUCAGCUUCAUUCUGGCUUCUGCUUAUAGUAUAUAUAUUCAUGGGAUUUUCAUGUGGGGAUCACUUUGAAGAAAAAGAGAUGGAGUUUUCCUUAAUAGAUGAGACUAUUGCAACAACACAGAGCAGUAUCAUCAUGGAAGUGUAUCAUCAUCAUCAUCCACAUCUGAGGGUUGAUAACAACAACGCAGAUUUCUUCCCAGUGGAGCACCCUUUGGAGCCACCAGAUGAAGAUCGUCCUGUGAAAUGUCCAAUGCCUGAAUCUUCAGUCAUUAGUGAUGAAAGGAUGCAUGAAAAGAGGAACAAAGAAAGCAUAAGAAAGAGAGGGGAGAUAUCUAGGUCAGGACGAAGAACAGUUGCCGCAGACACAGAAGCCCCGGCUCGAGGGGUACGAAAGAGGCAUCACACUCUCACUCAUGGAUCUGGAGGGGACAUUGUGAUGACUCCAUUGAUGAGAAUGCCAAGUCUCCCUCCCCUACAAUCCCAGAAUAUCACUAUAUUUCAAGUGCUUCAGCAAUUGGACAAGUUUGAGUCUUAACAAAGAACUAAAUUACUUGCAAAGAGUGAUGCAUUUUGAUCAUAAGCUAGGUAAAAGAACUUCAAAAUAGAGCAGGGCCAAAGCAUUGAAGGAUGAAGAGCUCCCCAUGUUUUCAUCAUAUGUUGUUGUCAAAAAGAAUGUAUUAUUCAUGUUUUCUAUUCGUCAAGAUAUUAUUAUACUUAAAAGUGUUUUCAAAUGAGCAGAUUAUACAAUUCUAAUCACUUGUUUUUUUAAUUUAUUUAUACAAAUGUUAUUAAGUUAA